UGUCUGGCUGUCUGUCUGGCUGUCUGGCUGCCCCUAAUAAUAUAAGAAGUUGUAACUAAUGGACUGACAAGAAUCAGUUCUCCACUCGUUAAUAAUAAUAGUUAGUUGUUAGUUACCGCUUCCACCACGCUCUCUUUGCCUCUUCCUUCUUCCUUCACUUUUCCUUCUCUUCACUCCCUUCUUUGGUUCUUUUUUCUUCUUUACAUCUCUUCUUCUUCUUCUCUACCUUCGUUCUUCCUCCAGUUCCUUCCUGCUGUGUUGCUUCUCCCUCAUUGAAGCAGCUUUCUUUCUCUCUCUCUCUCUCUCUGUGUUGGUUGCUCCUUCCCCGUGUCCCCUGCUUCUUGCCGUCUCUCGUUGAUUUGAUCCUCCUUAAUUUAAACCCAACUUCAAAACAUCGCAACCGCCAACCUCCAACGUCGUCGCUCACAUUCAUAUUUCAUCAUUCAAUCCCUUCAUUCAAUUCAUCAAUUAAUAACCCGUUGAAUACCAGUGUACCACUUUUUUCUCCCCUAUCAGAUCUUUAGCAAUUAGUCUUUUAAUUAGUUACCAAAUCGCAUCAUUCUUCUACCAUUGAUCCAUCCUCACAAACCAUCAUCGACUUUUCUUCCAUUAAGGCGGAAAAAGAAAAAUGGCUAUCAUGAAGUACCUUCUUCCUGCUUUGGCCAUUGCUGGCCUGGCAGCCGGUCAGAACUCUUGCAAGGGCCCCAAGACCAUUGAGCACCAAGGCGAUGCCUCUGCCCUUUCCUCCUGCAAGAAAUUCCAGGGCGACCUGAAUAUUGCCGCUGAGGUUCCCAAGGGAGAAAUUAGACUCGAAGGCAUCCAGGAAAUCACCGGCAGUCUGACCGCCAAAGGCGCCCACAACUUGACCGCCUUGUUUGCUCCUCAGCUUCGAUCCAUUGGCGACACCUUCCUGCUCAGCGGCGCUAUUGAGCUCAGGACCAUCCAAUUUGAUUCCCUCACCCAAGUCGGCGCGAUCAACUUCGAGGCCCUUCCUAAUUGCCAGCAGCUGGCCUUCACCAAGGGUGUUUCCACUGCUAAGAGCAUUCGCAUCGCCAACACUGACCUGGCGAACUUGAAGGGUAUCGAGUUGAAAACUGUCGGCGACAUGGAAAUCAGCAACAACCUCCACCUGGUGGAGGCUGAUGUCGCCCAGAUCACAAACAUCACCGGCUAUGCUAGCUUCUCGGCUAACCACGAGAAUCUCAAGAUCUCCUUCCCCAAUCUUGAGGGUGCCCUUAACAUGACCUUCCGCAAUGUCAGCUCGAUCGAUAUUCCAUCUCUCAAGAAAACUGAUGGUCUGCUUGGAUUCUACUCUAAUUAUUUCGAGACCAUCAAAGCUCCCAACCUCACUUCCACCGGAGAUCUUGUCUUUGCUGACAACGGAGCCCUGAAAAACAUUUCUUUCCCAAAACUCGAGACCGUCAGGGGUGCCUUCCAGAUCGCAAACAAUACUGAUCUCCAUGAGAUCGACGGCGUUCCCAAGCUGAAGACCGUCUACGGCGCCCUUGAUUUCACUGGCAAUAUCUCCAAGGUCGACCUCCCAGGCCUCGAUGAAGUCCGUGGCGAAUUCAACUUGCAGACCACCGAGAAUUUUGACUGCGACGCCCUCCAGGAACAAGUUGGCUCAGUUGGAGACUGGGUCUGCAAACCUCAGGAAGAGAACCCCCAAACUGGCACUACCCCCACUGGCUCGGACAAGCCCAAGCCAUCUAACGCCGGUGCACUCUCUCCACCUGUCGGUAUGGCCGUGCUGACCCUGUUGUGUGGUCUCGCUAGCUUCGCUCUGUAAAGAGAUGCUUGAGUGACAUGGAUGGCGUUUUUCGUUCCCUAUUUUUUUGUGCAGUCUAUUCCUGUGAAUUCCUUGAAUGGUUUCAAUGUUUGCCUUUAUUCCGUUACCACUUUUCUGCUUUUUUCCCUCUUGUAACUCGCAGCUCUUUUUAUGGUAAUAUUUAACUUUUUUUUGUGAGUGCGUAAACACUUUCCUUUUUUCUCUCUUUUUUACCUGUUCAUAAUCUUCGCACCACAGGGGGGAAAGAGAAGGGGAAAAUGAUAUAUAUCGGAAUCGGAAAACUUGGAAGAAUAAGAAAGAGAGAGGGGUGGCUCUGGGAGUCUGUACCCUGGUAGGGUACGUACGUACUAUAAACACGGCCGGUAUGUAGGAAGGGAGGGAGAAGAACAAAUUGGGUUUUCGUUAGCUAAAUAUAAAAGAGAAAGAAACGAUGAUAAUAUGAGGCGGUUUCAUUGCUCUGUCUGCUCUGCAGGUUUUAUCUUAGAUGGGAACUAGGAAAACGGGGAAAAUGACAACUGACAUCAGGUUGUUCUGUCUUUCUUUCUUUUCUUUUUCUUUUUUCUUUUUUUUCUUUU